AUGCGGCUCCCCGCGUCGUCUUUCGCCCCAAACCGUCCGAUCUACCGCGCCGAUUGCUCAAGAUUGAAACACGAAGCCGAGUCCCGUGAAGAAAAAUUGAGUAGCGGUCUGCGUGUGCCGAGAAAAGCAAAACAAGCCGCCCCUUUCCGGGCUCAUCGGUGGCGCACCGAUGGACUUGAAUACAUACGAUUGCAUUACUUUACGAUUGAAAGCUGGGAGUCGAGAAGCAAUCGACCUGUCCAGGUCAUGAGCCAUCUUUCCCUCUUUGAGCAGUCGGUGAUGUUCGUCGGUUUCACGGCGAAUCUAGAACUCCCGACUCAACAUCCUGGUUCGUCCAAUGGGCUGGCCUGGUUUCAAAUGUAA